AGUCACGCAAAAGUUCACUUCACUGUCUUCAUAACGCACUGCCUGUCACUGUGUCUGCCUCUGCUUUCAAACUUUCAAACUCAAACUCAACUCUCAAGUACUCAACUUUUCACUUUCAGAGUCUCAGACGUUCACGGUUCACCCGUCGACCGCCGUUCACGCAGCCAGCCACGAGCCGUCGAGCCCAGGCCCCAGAACGCCUCACACGCACACAGCCAGUCAGCCACGACGCCUCACGGUCUCACGACUCUCACCUAGCUUCAGUCCGGCGACUCCGGCCCUUCACGGCUUCAAAGUUCGGUGACUUCGGUCCAAAGACUCCAAAUCGUGUGAUUUUUUAAGCUCACACACGGUCAAAGUUUCUGGAUUUUUGGCCCUUCACCACCGUUCCUUCAUUAGCAAUACUCCAUGGACGGAUUCGUCCCAAAAGAAGGAAAAGUUUAAUGCUUCAUGGAAGAAGGCACCCCCCAAAGAAGAAAAGAGCGCAGCUCUGCGAAGAAGAUGCCCUUGAAAGAUUUUAUGAAUCGGUCAUCUCCUCUCCAGACUGACUCAUCUACGAAAGAAGGCAGCCCUCCAAAAAAAGGACGAAGGAAAGACUCCAUGUAAGAAGGUAUCGCAAAAAAAGACAAAAAGAGGUACUCUAUGGACCGACACCUAUCACCUCCCUGGAGGAGUCCACCAUAUAUUUCUGAAUUAUCAACUCGGUAUCCAACAGAAGAUCAUGUAUCUCAUAGUCAUCGUGACGCUAGGAUUUUCUCUCAUCAUUCUUACGACAUCUUUUUCUGUGUGCCUUUAGAGGAUCCGAAGUUUUUGGAACAGAAGAUGGAUCUUGUAUAUCGGUGGUCAUCUUUAAAGUGGUAUUCCAUCGGUAUUCAUGCGGACGGUCCGGUCACGGUAUACCCAAAACGGCUCACUCCUUUUUGGAAAGGAUUAAUUCCCUUGUCCAGUGCCUUAGCAGCCGUAGGCUCCCACAUCUACUGUUUGGGUGGGAGGAACGCUGCUUGUGAGCCGCUUCGCGACGUGUAUAAAUUACGGGUUACUCCCCAUGCCGCGAAGGAAUGGGUCCAUGUUUCUCCCAGGAUGAUUUCUGGGAGACAUUCCGCACACGCUUCGGUUCUAGGCGGAAAGAUAUAUGUUCUGAAUGAUUAUUGUUGGGAUCAUACCGAUCCUCAUUGGUGUGAGGUUUUUGAUCCUGUCAAUAGAAGAUGGGAAGCUUUACCUAAUCCUCCAACUUAUCUUCAGGAUGGUUUAAUCUUUUAUGCAGCUCUCGAGAAUCCGGAUAGGAUUAUUGGGGCUUUUCGUGUACCCGUAGACACCCCUCCUUCUGCUAUCUUCUAUGAAUAUAACAUGCAGCAUAGGUCUUGGAAAGAGCUUCCGCAUGCAAGGCGCAAGCUCCACCAUACGUAUCGCUUUGACUGGCUAGAAAGGACUCUAGGUGUAGGUAAUACAUUAUAUUGGAUCGAACGCAAACAUCGUGAAAUCUUAUUGAUUGCCUACGAUUUGGAUUUGGAUGUGUGGCUGCAAGGGCCUAUACCGGGUCUUGAAUGUGGUUGUAUCCCAUACUGUGAAGUCCGUGGAGGUCCAAAACUUCCUAGAUUGCUCCAUCUGGAGAAGAAGAGGUUCUGUGUUUUAGAAUGUACACUUGCCGACGAACUUCGAUGCAUGGCAAUUGAUGUUUCUCAUAUGGACGAUAAAACUUUAAGCAUAUCGGUUGCUUGGGAGCAAAAGUAUGGGGUGGAUCCACAACUAUCCAAGGGCAUGCCUCAAGAGUUAACAUUUUGCACUAAAUUGUAAUUUUGCAAGCACUAGGUUGCUCUAUGUUGUAAUGCAAGCACUUUAUUGAAGGAAUUUGUUAUCUUUUCUUCUUUUUUGUGAGAUUGUGAAACUGUUAUUAUAACGGUGAGAUUUUGGCUGAUGAGAAAUAGUAUGAGCUGAUGAAAUCUAUCCAUUAGUUUGAA